CGUCCACAUUGCCAGCCUCAUCUUCAUUGGCAGCAUCGCCAUCGUGGCAGUCUGUAUUUGUAGCCAUGUAGGCUCAAGGGUAAUGGCCGCGCCGUCGGAGGCACCUGACAAACCAGAGGUCCUUCGGCUUCUGGAGAAAUGGCACAAACCGUCCUUGCACCAUGAUUCUGCAGAGUUGCGCACGCUGGAACGCGUGACUGAAUCAGGCAAGGAGUUUUGGAGGAGGCGGUUUGAGCGCAGCAUUGCUGAAGCAGAUGGGAGGCCGCUUCUGCUGUCGUAUGCUGGCGAUGGCACAAAACUCCGAACGGUGCAUGGUUCCAGCGUCCGGUACAAUUGCAAACGUGCCAGGCUAUGUGGGCGCCAGUUUCUCGAAUACUACGUGCAGCUGUGUUUCCUCGAAUUCGUCGACCCCUCAGGUCGCAAGAAUGUCACGGUCAUGUUUGAUGAGCCAAAUCCCAUGACAGACGGCCAAGGAGCUGCCGCAUCGGCUGCUUUCGCUUUGCGUAUGAUCAUGAACCCGAGGAAAUACGGCCAUGGAGGCCUCAUCAUAUUUCAUUGCGCAUUUGACCGCGCCUUAUUAGCAUCAGUUUCUCGCAUAUUGAAGCAAUGGUGGAAAAAGGAAGCCGUCCAACAAACAGAUAUCUACGAGCAUCCGCCGGACAUUUUGUAUUUGAUGCAGUGGUUUGUCGAAACAGGGUGCAGCAUGCACGACACCCAUAAGUCAAUCGAGUGGUCUUUGUGGACGUGGUACCAUAACACAUCUCUGAUGAAAAACGUGCACUUGGCCAUCGAAAGCCUUCGCGAUAGCAUGCAACAGUUGAGCGGGUUGACUCCCGAGUGGAUGUGGGACGUUACGGUCGCUCGCUCCGCCGAGGAACUCGACGACCCAGACGAUUUGAAACAUUUCUGGUUGGCGAUGGGCGUGGAGGAGAGCGUCGUGGCCACCCUGGUCAGCUUGCGCUUGCGGUACUUUGGGGGUCGACUCGAGAUCCUUGACACAGGCGAUGCGGGCGAGGACACCUUCACCAAUAUCAAUUUCUGCUUGUUCAGCGUCUGGCGCUUGAAAAAGUUCAAUGGCAGCAGGUGGCAUGCUGCGACCCGGGCUUGCCAGAUGGGCGUCGGAGCAAUAUUUGGCGGGCUGCGCGGACUCGCCAAGCACGUGCUGGACCGCCCCAACGCGCAGGACUUUUACUUGGGAGGCGUGGAGCGGCUCGGUUCGGACGAACUUCACUUCAUGGUGACGGCUGCUACGGCCAGUUUCCCAGCGGGCGCAGUGAUGCAGAUGUUGCUCAGAGAUUCCCGGGUGGCCAAGCACCUGUGCGCUCUGAAGACAACUAUUCGUGAGGCGAUGGAUAAACUUUGCAACUAUGGCGAUGGUAUAUGGGGUCUCUUCGGGAGAGUCUGCAACAUGGCUGGCCCUGAAGUGCGGCACUCGUCCAUUGGCGCGGCCCACGUCGCCAUCGGUUUCAUGAUGUUUCGCUUUGUCUGGAAAGCAGAAGGCGCCCCUUGGUGCAUGGUUCGUGGAGACGUUGAUGCCAAUUUGGACGCUCUCAAACGAGGCCCGAUACCGACCGAACCCAUCACGGAGCAGAUGUGGCAUCUGGACAAAUUCCCUUGGGGGCGGCGUGUCAACAGACAGGGUGUCGCGCUGCUGGCCGACAUACCCUGGGACACGAUUGCGGCGGAGCAUUUGCACGCUUCGGGGGCGCUCCGGGGCAAAUUUCGCCCUGACACAACGUGCGAGGGCCUGAUGGCGAGGGCGUUCAUGCACAUGAGUAAGAAGGUCCCCCCAGGCCUCGACGAGGACGAACGCCGCGAAGCCAUGCUACACAAUCGUUUGAAGCGCCUCGAGAAAAGGCGGCCGCAAAGUUACCAGGGGCGUGAGCAGUAUGUGAAGGAACUCGUUGAGUUGUCCAAGGUCCGGGAGGCCCGCAACCUGCAGGCGUUCAACAGGGAACGACUCAAAAAAGCUGCAGAGAAGCCGCCGCUCCGGUUCUCUUCCUGCAAACUGGCGCAGGGUGAUUUCUUGGAGUGGGAUGAGAUCUUCAACAGCGGCGCCUUCAGGGAUGGUCGCGGUCUGGAUGACAUGCGCAAGGCAGCCAGAGAGGCGCCGCCUAAGCUCACCAAGACGUUUCUCGAUGAGCUCGAGGGGUACGCAGCUGAGGAAGAGGGGAAGCACGACAGACCGCCCUGGUUCCCCGCGGUCGUUCGAAACAGGGAGUCGUUUGCGUCGACCAUUUUGGGGCUUCAGACCGGCGGCGAGUGCAAGUAUUACAAGUUUAUCUUCGCAGCGCAGAGUCCCCAGUUCAUCAUGUUCGCCCCACUCGGCGAGAAGGACGCGUACUUCCCCGCGCACGUCAGCAUGUUUGGCGGCAGCUGGGAAGAUGCGUGCGUUUCUCAGUGGCUUCAUAAUUUCACCUUCGGCGCCUUGGAUUUCGCUGCCUGGUUCGACCUUCCCCUACCAGACGACGCAGCCAGCAUUCGGGUGCUCCGGAAUGCGCAUUAUGCCGGCGGCUACGAUAUCGCGUGCGACGACGAUGAGUUCCUGAAGCACUGGCCGUGGUUAGCGGGGAAGUUCGAGGAGGAGGAAAGCGAGCGUCGGAGAGCUGCGGGCCGACGGUCAGGCUUGCGCAAGGGUGAGUCGGACGACGAGACACCCGAGGAGCAGCGCAUGAACGACGAGGACAUCGAGGAGAUGAUGGAGCAUCUCCACGCCGUCCGGGAGGAGUGGGAUUUGGGGCCAGAUGCGCCCCAGGAUUUCCUCCUCAAGGUACUGGGCGGAAAAUGGUGCAUGGAGCAUUACGGCGUGCCUUUCGACGCUUUCAAGGGCGAGGCGCACGGGGAGAUGGCCAUCGACUUCGCCGAGAGGUACCUUCGGGGCGCCACCGCACGAUUUAAUAUAUCAUUUUACACAAUACCCGGCGCGCAUUUAUGCGCGGAGACAUGGUGCUGCAAAGCGCAGCAUUUUUUUGACCGGCGGCUCGCGUCGGGCGCCAGGGACUAUGUUUUCACCGAACAAGAUGUCAUGGAGUACACUGAAACUCCGAAGUUUCUUCAGCUCGUCGAGGCGGCUACGGACCCGCGGGCGAAGAAGAG